AUGCAGCAUCUGUUCAGCGGUGCCUUGGUGGGAGAAUGCAAUAUAUUAUGCACGAAGGACGUCUUUGAGUUUGGCCUUCCAGGAUCAAAAAUGCAUUAUACACAGUCUAUGCUCAGGGCCCUUAUUGACCAGGAUACUAGUGAUAGCCGGGCCAGCCACGGGAUCGUGAUGGGCUGCAACCCAGGGGAGAAGAGUACGCUAGCCCAGCUUAGCGCAGAGACAUUCUUGGGACGGGAACCGGGAGAGCAAGCCACCUUGUCGCCGUCAACUUUCGAGUUUCUCAAGGCAAGGGGCCUCGAGCGGAAUCAGAGCAAAGCUAAAGCUACCGCUGUUCUCUCCACACGCGCUACCACCAACGUUGGAACGGCCAAUCUUGAACCUAAGUAG